AUGAGCUACACCAUUUUACAAAGCACAAAAGUUUUUCAAUUAGUCGAUCAAGACGGCAAAUCAAUCAUUGCCAGCGGUGCCGUUUCAGAAGACAACAAUGUUUCACCAAAACGCUACGACACUAUCUAUUUCAACGCAGCAGCAAAGACAAAAAGCCAGCUUGGUGUUGAAACAGCUCACUAUGCACACUCAAUCUUAACUGGUUGCCUUCAAUUGAAAAAUGGAAACGGCAUAUCAACAGAAGACGAUGUUAAUACAAUCACCCGCCGUUUCUUAAAUAACCUUCAAAAAGCAAAAGUCGUUAAUGUGGAGAAGAUUAUUUUCUCCGAGAAAAAGGUCAAUGUGAUUUUCGGGGAAGAAGGAAUCGCACAACUUAAAAAGCAUGAGCCAAAAUUCAGAUUCUAUGAUGAUCAGAUGGAUGGCACUUGGGGAAUGAGCUUGAUCCAAGACGACGAGGAUGAAUUCAAAGCAUCCAGUUUCUUAGUGAGUGAUAGAACUAUUGAGCAAUCAAUCGAAUUAUCAAAAACAGACAGCUAUCUUCCAGUUUUAUUCAAAAAAGGCACUAUCACAGAAGACCAGCUUGCAACCCUUAUCAAAAAUCUUGACAACUGGGUUUAUGGCAAGCUUUUACAGAGAACAGACACCCGCUUGAGCCAAGAAAACUAUGACAAGCUUAUGGCUGAAAUGGAAGGAACCGACAACUUUAGAUAUAUCGAUUCCAAGCAAUUCUUAGCCAAGUAA